UCGCCAACAUUCGACAAUGGAAUCGGCCAGUCGCGCUUCAGACAUCUUCCCGUCACUUCUGCCGCUCAACGGUAUCCUAAUUUAUCGAUUCUACAACCAUUCAAAUUUGAGAUCGUAAGUAUGGACGUGUAUUGCCGCUGAGUGCGUCUGCCAAAAGUAAAGAGAGCAAAUGACUCAACUGACGUUCACCGAAGUGGAAGAAUGGUUGGACUCGCACCCGGACAUGAGUCAGGACUACUUCCUGCGCAAAACAGAUCUCGGCCUCGUCAACAACUGGCUCGUCUCACAUGGGUUCCUCACCAUCAACGACUACGUCACUGGAAACAGUCGUCGAGGCUCAGACACGUCUGGAAACGUGAGCCCGAACGGAGGCUACUCGGAGGAGCAGACGACCACCGUGGCCCACCAGGGUCCGGCCGGGCCCACCAUCCUGGUGCAAGGCCACCAUCGCCGCAAUAGCUCCAAGCGCUGUCUGCGACACGACUUCGCAAGAUCCAAGAGUCGCAGCGUCUACAGAACGCACGAGAUUCUCAGCCAGAACACGCCCACCUCUUCUAGUCGGCGCUCCUCUCUCAAGGAUAUGCGCAAGUACACCUCGCUGCCCCCCAAUUCCAUCAACAUGCUGUCGCUGCUGAUUGAAUCGAAGGUGCGACUGCCGCAGUGCAUGACACACAGUCGCGCCACCAAACGCGAACAGCUGCGCGUGCAGGGCGAACGCGACUUCUUCUUGGGAAUCGUCAGAGAUGUCGCUACCGAUCUCGACCUCAAAUCACUCUCGCAGAAGACUGUCGACAAUCUCACAGUGCUGCUAGACGCAGACGGCGCUUCGCUGUUCCUGGUGGAGGGACCGAGAGGUGGAAGACAGACGCUGGUGUCGAAGGUGUUCGACGUGCAUAGCGGUGCCAGCCGCUUCCUGCUGCCGGGAGGAGGGGCAUCCACUGACAACGAGGUGCAGGUGCCCUGGGGGGUCGGCGUGCUAGGUCAUGUCGCCGACACCGGAGAGACUGUCAAUCUGCAAAUCGCCUGCGAGGACCCAAGGUUUGAUGACGAGGUUGAUCGCAUAAUGGGCUAUCACACUGAAUCACUGCUCUGCAUGCCUGUGAGAAACGCAUAUGACGAAAUUAUCGCUGUUGCCCAGGUCAUUAACAAAAAUCCUGAUCGAGACGAUGGCCAUUUCACUUGCAAGGACGAAAAGCUUUUUGAAACUUAUCUACAAUUCGUCGGAAUAGCUUUGACAAACGCACAAAUAGUGGAGACAUCUAGACAGGAGUAUGAUAGGAACAGGAACUUAUUAGAAGUUGUACAUGAUUUGUUUGAAGAACAAACAUCGCUGGAAAAAGUUGUUCUGAAAACAAUGCAGCGAGCACAAAAACUUUUGAAAUGUGAAAGAGCGGCUGUGCUUUUAGUAGAAGAGAACUCUGAGCCAAACACCAAGUUUUCCAAGCUUUUUGAAUUGAAUUCUCCUUCCAAUGGUCCGAAUGGCCAGAUCUCAAACAACAAGAGUCGCAACGGCAUGGAGAACGGUAACGUGUCGCAGUACCUGCUGGGUUUAGCCGAGAGGGUGGCCGCCUCAGGGGAGGUGAUCAACGUGGCCGAGUGUGUGGAGGUCGAGAAGGGGUCCGUCGGAAAUGUGCGCUGUCUGCUCGCCAUGCCUGUGCGCAACAGAAACUACCAAACCAUAGGUGUGGCAUGUAUCAUCAACAAACUGAACAAUCUUCCAUUUGAUGAAGCUGAUGAGCAACUUUUUGAGGCUUUUACCAUAUUUUGCGGCCUAGGAAUUCACAACACUUUGAUGUACAACGAAGUUGAAAAGGCAAUGGCUCGACAAAAAGUCACAAUCGAGGUGCUCUCAUACCACGCUACAGCGUCGAAUAAAGAAGUUGAAGCUAUAUUGGAAAAGCCUGUACCAGUAGCAGACGAACUAAAUCUUUACUCACUAUCAUUCGAUGAUUUUUCACUAUCAGAUGAAGAGAUGGUGCUUGCCUCAGUAAGCAUGUUUUUGGAACUGGGAUUGGUUAAGCGUUUCAAUAUAGAAAAAGAGACUUUGUACAGAUUCCUCAUAACAGUGCGUAGGAAUUAUCGUGAUGUGCCCUAUCACAAUUGGAGACACGCUUUCAAUGUGGCACAAGUCAUGUUUGCAAUUUUAAUGGGUUGUGAGAUGAAAGGGACGUUCAGUGACUUGGAAGUCCUUGGAAUGUUUGUUGGAUGUCUCUGUCAUGACUUGGACCAUCGAGGAACUAAUAAUGCAUUCCAACAAAAGACUGGAUCAGCUCUUGUUCUUCUCUAUGGAACAACAAACACAAUGGAGCACCAUCAUUUCAAUCAUGCAGUCAUGAUUUUGAGCAGUGAGAAUCUCAACAUUUUCUCCUCACUGAAUGCAGAAAGCUAUUCACAAGUGAUGAAAGUAUUAAAACAUAGUAUUUUAGCAACAGACCUCUCAACCUACUUCCAACUACGUCCGAAGUUCUUCGCGCUGGUGGAGAGCCGGCAGUACAGCUGGGGCUGCGAGGAGCACCGGGAGUUGCUGCACUCGAUGCUGAUGACAGCGUCGGACAUCGCGGCGUCGUGCAAGCCGUGGCCCGUGCAGCAGCGGGUGGCACAACUGGUCACCACCGAGUUCCUCGUGCAAGGCGACAAGGAGCGUCACGAGCUGCACAUCCAGCCACAGGCACUCAUGGACCGCGAGCGCCAGCACGAGUUGCCGCAGCUGCAGAUGCGAUGGAUCAGCGACAUCUGUCUGCCGCUCUACACGUCUCUGGGUCAGAUGAAUCCCAAGUUGAACGUGAUGACUGAAGGUGCCAUGGAGAAUAUGGCGCAUUGGGCCGAGAAAGCCGCUGAAGCCAACGUAACGUGAUAACAUCACCCAGUACCUCUACCAAGCAAUACUUAAUAUUACCCUCAAACUGUAAAUAGGUGUACUUGUGUAAUUGCAACUUGCAACAAUACCUAUAAUUCUUCUGUAAACUGAGUUACCAUUAAAAAGCUUUACUACCUGA